CAAGACGUGAACAAAGUGAUAAUUGAGGUUAUGAACAGCAAUUAGGUGUCUGGAGUCAGGUAGCCGACAGUGCCUUUGUUUAUAUUUUUGAAUCGAGAGGAAAAAACCACCUUUUUCUGGUCAUCUCCAACUGUUUUUGUUGACUCGAGACUCUAGAGACCCAGUACAAACACGAAAUUGUCACUCAGGCAUCGGGAGACAUUCAAGGCUUGGAGAUUUGAUGGGGAAAAAUACGAGAAUGGCGAGUUCACCAGAGCUGAUGAGUCCUAACAGUACGGGAUCGAGAAGAUCUGUCUAUGAAUCUCCUCAGGCUCGUCACAAGAAGUUGAGGGAGAUGCUGGAUCGAACCAGCAUGCUUCAGGAAAAUGCUACUGUGGCAUGUCUCGACGUUCUCGCAGAGACUGUGGAGGAGGUGGAGAACAUUCAUCUUGAUAUUGAUGAUAAAAUCGUCAAUCAGGAUCAGAUUCUUCUGGACUCCCAAGUCAUGAAGGCCUCAUCACAAGUCAUCAGAGGCGCCAUGCAGUCUCUAGAUCAGGAGACAAACUCCUACAGUGCAACUGAUUUCGCUAGCAAGUUGCUCAAGUACGUACGUAAUUUGGCCGACGACACAGUACAAGAGCCAAAUUGGGAACUCUUAGGACGAGAAGUAGCUGCAUUUAUCAAGCCAUGUGGCUCGUCAUCAACUCUCCUCCACUGCAUGGAGCCCAUUCCAAAGAGUGAGGUACAGCCGAAGAAGCCAAAAUUCAUCAAUCGCACGAGGGAUGUCCUCCUGCCAGCCAAAAAGCCUGAGAAGGUCGUGGCCAUUGCCAACGAUGACAAUCCAGUCGAUAAGAGUGUCGACAAGAUCGCUCACUUGACUAAAAAGUAUUACAAACGCAAUAAGGAGCCUCUGAACUUCUUUAAGCUGAUUGUCAAUCCACAUGAUUUCGGAAAGACUGUUGAGAAUAUGCUGCAUGUUGCUUUUCUGGUCAGGGAUGGCAGGAUGGAGCUAUUAGUUGGAGAGGACGAUGAUCUUCUCAUCCAGCCAGUGCCCAAGGAAGUCCUGGAAGAGCAAGAGGCGCAUGGAAAUCUCAGCAGGAUUGCUAACAUCCCAACUCUCAAUAUGGAGAUAUGGAAAUUACUGAUUGAGGCCUUGGACAUUACCGAACCUAUGAUCAACUUCGAAUAAAAAAAUACAGUUACCUACUAUCGUUCAUUUAGAAUAACUUUGUUAUCACAUUUUCCAAGUUUUCUUAAGAUUAUUAUAACAAAACGUAUAUGUAAUUUUUGCAUUAAAGAAUUGAUACAA